AUGGCAAUCAAUAUAGCUAACAAGAAGGCUCUCAUAGAACAACUUCUCCCCAAAGUUGAAUUUAAUAUCACUGCCAACGGACUAACAAUUUCCGCUGCUGACCGCAUUUCUACUCCUAGAUUUGUACCUUUUGAUCAUGCUGGUCGUUGUCGAGAAUGUAAAGGAUCUGAAGUUGAGCUUGACUUCAUUGUUACCAAAGAAGGGGUGACUUGCUAUUGCACCCGCAUCAAAUCACCUACAUUCAUACCGUUUGAUACUAUUUACGAACUCCCAGGCCACUGCUUUUUUAAAAUCAAGAACAAAGGCCGUAUCUUCAACAUUGAACAUGGAUCCCCACCAUGUGCAACAAUUCCUAUUAUUAAAAAUAUUGAACCAUUACAAAAUGAAGUAAUGUCGCCCAUAUUACCACCAUCACCUAAAAAGAUUAAACAGGAAACUCUGGCUGAUGAGUCAUUUGAGAAUGUUCUUCAAGAAUUCUUUGACAACUUAGGUACUACUACAACAACUAGUGAAGUUGAGAUAAAGAAAGAAAAUAAGGAAACAUAUAAUCAAGCAGAACAAGAGGUUAAAAAUCGAGAAAAAAGAAGCACAAGUGAUCCACCUCCCCUUAUUGAAGAUAUAGAUAAUUCACCAUUAUCAUACCGUUUUAAAGAUGCUGUAAACUCUCAAUCAUUUUAA